CCCCAUCGCAUUCAUCAUCAAGUAAUCUACUUCAAAAUCCUCCUACCAUGUUAGACUUUUUCUUUAGAGAAAAAAGAGAUACUUCAAAGAAAAAACUUCCAUUAUGACAUAUUCUAUGGAUACCAAGAAAGUGCCCUGCUUGUAUUUUGUUGUCUAUAUGUAUGUGCUUGUAAAUUAGGAUGGGUACAGAGUGCAAGUAAUAUCAUAAUAAUACAUCACAGUUUGCCAAAGCUAGUCUCCAGUUUCUUCCCAUUCAUUAACAUCUUGUUUUCUUUUCUUUUCUAUUCUUUUCUCAAGUAAUUGUAGUUCCACUUCUGAAGAAUCAUUUUAUGGCUGACCCAAUUUCACUAGUAGUAGGUCCCCUAGUUAAUAUUGUCAUAGAAAAAGCUACUUCCCUAAUCGACCAAAAUUUCCAGUCACUGACAGGUGUGGAGAAAGAUGUUAAAACUCUCUCAAGCACGCUGACUUCAAUCCAAUCUGUGCUUAAAGAUGCUGAGGACAAGCAACUUCACAGCGAGCAGUUGAGAGAUUGGCUUGGAAAGCUCAAAGCAGCAGCUUAUGACUCACAAGACGUAUUGGAAACAUUUGAAACCGAUGCCUGCCUGUGGCAACGAAAACAGCAGGUACGAAACUGUCAUCCUCCUUUUAGUGGCAGUAAAAUUUCAUACAAAUUAGAGGCUGCGCGUGAGAUUAAGGAUAUUUUAGUAAGACUUGAUGAGAUUGCUAGAGAAAAAGAAAAGUUUAAUCUCAAUGUGAAUGUUAUCAAUGGACAAACAGAUGAGAGUAGGAACACUAGUUCUUUAGUGGUUGAAGCUGAUGUGGUUGGUAGAGAGGAUGACAAAAAUAAAAUAGUUGAUCAGUUGCUAUCGAAGGAAUUUGAUAGGGAAGGGGACAUUUCUGUAAUUCCUGUCAUUGGGAUGGGAGGAUUGGGCAAGACAACUCUUGCUCAAGUGGUCUACAACGAUGAUAGAGUUAAAAAACAUUUUGAAUUUAUGAUGUGGGUGUGUGUCGGAGUCGAUUUCAACUACAGAAGAAUCCUAAAAGAAAUGAUAGAAUAUCAUUCCACGAUGAAUUAUGAUAACAUCAAUGCAUUGUCUGAUGAACAAUUAGAAUCUCGCCUUCUAUCAUUCUUCGCUAGAAAAAGCUUUUUUCUAGUCCUAGAUGAUGUAUGGAUCGAGAGUUAUGAUGCCUGGGAUAAGCUUCAAAAAGUCUUAAAACAAGGGGGAAAGGGAUCUAGAGUAUUAAUCACUAGUCGAAACACUAGGGUUGCGAACCUCACCAUUGGCACACAACGUCCCUAUUGCUUAGACUAUUUGCCCGAAGACCAGUGUUGGUCAUUGUUUGAACAAAUUGUGUUUAAACAAAAUAAUAUAACGGGCAAUGAGAGUAAAGAUUUGGAGCAUAUUGGCAAGGAAAUUGUACGCAAAUGUAAUGGACUGCCUUUGGCUGUCAAGGCAAUGGGAGGUCUCUUGCGUGGUAACCAUGAUGUGAACAAAUGGCAGAAAAUCCUAGAGCAUGACAUUUGGGAAGCGGAGGAGAAAAGCACUAAUACGGGGAAGCCAAUUGUUUUGCCCGCCUUAAAAUUGAGUUAUGACAAUCUACCUUCAUGCUUAAAGCAGUGUUUUCUAUAUUGUUCCAUAUUUCCUAAGGGUUAUAUGUUUGAUAAGAGCGAGUUGGUCAAAUUGUGGAAGGCAGAAUCCUUUAUUCAUUCUGACGAAAUUGGAAGCGAUUAUUUUGAUGACUUGUUAAUGAGGUCCUUCUUUCAACUUUUAGACAUUGACAGCAUGCAGAGGUACAGGAUGCAUGAUCUUAUCCAUGGAUUGGCACAAUCAGUUUACUACCAAGUCAAGGAUAAUGAAUCGUGCCAUGUCUCUGAAAGUCAUCGCCAUGUAUCAUUGCUUUGUGAAAAUGUCGAGAACCUUGCUUUAGAAAUCACUGAUAAGUCUAAGAGGCUGCGCACACUACUAUUUCCUAGUGAACACCAUAAAGUCUUUGGGCAAGCCCUUGACAAACUGUUCCGAAAUUUGAAAUACAUACGCGUGUUGGAUUUGAGUUCAAGCACACUUGGGGAAUUGCCAAACUCGAUUAAAGAGUUGAAGUUGUUGCACUACCUUGAUCUUUCUAAAACCGAAAUCACAGCACUCCCCAACUCCAUAUGCAGCCUUUACAAUUUGCAAACACUAAAACUAUUAGGGUGUUUUUCGCUCUUCGAACUGCCAAAACACCUUAGUAACUUAGUCAACUUGGAGCAUCUCGAGCUAGAUGAUAUGUUCUGGUUCAAGUCAUCCACGUUACCUCCAAGAAUGGGUUGCCUAACCAGACUCCAAAAUCUGCAUGCUUUUCAGAUCAAACACAAUUCUGGUUAUGGAAUUGAUGAAUUGAAGGAUAUGAAGUGCCUCAAAGGAACUUUACAUAUUUCCAAGCUCGAGAAUGCAACAAAUGCAGCAGAGGCAAAGUUGAAAGACAAAGAAAAGCUUGAGAAGGUGGUGUUUGAAUGGAGCAAUAGUGAUGGUGAUCCACAGCAUGAAGCAACUGAUGAAAGCGUGCUUGAAGACCUUCAACCUCACUCAAAUCUCAAAGUGCUCCAACUUUUGUGCUACAAGGGGACUAGAUUUCCAUCCUGGAUAAGAGAUGGGUUGCUCCAAAAACUCGUUAAUCUAUCCUUUAAUCAUUGUUCAAACAUCAAAGUGCUAUCUCUUGGGAGGUUGGAGCACCUUAAAGAGCUCCACAUUAAAGGAAUGUUGGAGUUGGAGGAAUGGCCAGAGGCGGACUACAUUUCUCUGCACACACUGAAGAUUAGCAACUGCCCCAAGCUAAUUUGUUUGCCCAGCCUCUUUCCUGACAUGGAAGUCUUGAAGAUCAAAAAGUGUGACUCAUUGAAGACCCUUCCACUGACCCCCUUCCUUUGUUCUCUUACACUUGUCGACAAUCUUGUUCUGGAGGAUUGGAACGAAAAGUUAGAGCCUAUUUUUUUCAUUAAUGAUCAAGGCCAAAGGGAGCCGCUUCAUUCUGUUAAUGAUCAAGGCGAAACUGUUGAGGUAAAGGCAUCUUACUUCAGACUUCUUACCGAUAUAAAAAUCGUUAAUUGCCCCAAGUUACUGCCACUGCCAAAAUCCGUUUCACCAGAGAAAUUAGAGAUAAGUGGUUGUCAACAAUUGAACACCCUCCCAGAGCUCUCUCUAUAUCUUCAGCAUUUAGCACUAGAUGGUUGCCAUGGUGAAACACUAUUGAGGGCAAUUCCAAACACCGAUUCUCUAUUCUCGUUGGUCAUUUCCAACAUCUCAGGCAUAACCCAUCUUCCAAAGUUACCACAACUUUCUGGGCUUAAGGCAUUAUACAUACAUUAUUGCAGCGAUCUUGUAUCUCUAUUCGAAGAAGAAUCAUCGUUCCAAGGCCUAUCUUCUCUCAAACUUCUAUCCAUUUGGAACUGUCCCCAACUUGUGACACUUCUAAGUCAAGGGCUACCUGCUACAAUCGAGUGUCUUAGUAUUGGUUCAUGCCACAGUCUCAUGUCCCUAGGUCCCAACGAAGGGCUGAAGAACCUUACCUCUCUUAGGGAUCUUUACAUUGAUGACUGCCCUGCACUCCUGUCAUUGCCAGAGGAGGGGCUUGCAACCUCUCUCCAACAUUUGCACAUUGAAGGUUGUCCGUUGUUAUUGAAGGAAUGUCAAAACGACGUUGGCCCAAAUUGGCUAAACAUCAAGGACAUUCCUGAUCUAGAGAUUGAGCAUCCCAAUUCCAAAACAAAAGUAUCUUCACCGGCUUGGUAUCGCCAAUUUAUUUGUUGUAUAGGAAUUGACAGUGAGAAUUUGAGCAACCACAACAGCUCAAUUCACAGAUCUUAAAGCAAAAGGAUAAAGGAUACUGAAGCUUGAUGAUGAUUUGAGAAAGAACUACCAAUGGUCAAAAGAUUUGAUUUGGGAGGCAAAAUGUAAGGAUUGCAUGCUUGGUUGAUAUUCUUGGUUGCAUCCAAAUACAAGUUUACUAGCGCUAACCCGGUGUAUGCACGGGCAAGUAAGAAAAGGUGGUGAAUAAUACAAAAAAUUAACUAUUAAAUACUAUGAUACUUAAAGAAUAGAUUUGAGUUAUCUCACUAUGUGUAUAUAGGUAUGCAGAUUGAUUAAUUUUUUUAAAGCAGACUUGUUUGUGGUUCGCUUCGGAUAUAUGGUUGUUUGGUGGGUUUGAAUUUGGCAUCUUUGUUCUCUCUCUUCAUUUUUUUUUUCUUUCCAAUUUGUAUAUUAACAAGCGGUGUUCCUUUCACCGUUGCUUAA